AUGGCUUUUCUGCAUAUCUCACUUCUUCUGCUUUUCAUUUCUAUCGGAGCCAAUGCGGUGCUUUUUACAUUAGAAAACAGAUGCAACAAAACCAUAUGGUCGGGGAUCCAAGCUUCGGCAGGCCAACCCCAACUCAUGGAAGGUGGUCUCGAACUGAAACCGCAACAAUCAAGAAACGUGACCACCCCAAAAGGGUGGUCAGGCCGCUUCUGGGGCCGAACUGGAUGCACAUUUAAUGUUUACGGUGAAGGAACCUGCAYCACYGGCGACUGUGSAACKGGUCUCYACUGCAACGGUGCAAKCGGUSAACCRCCAGCCUCCUUAGCUGAGUUUACCCUCGACAGCCCAUUGGAUUUUUACGAUGUGAGCCUCUUGGAUGGCUUCAACCUGCCCAUCUCCAUAUUCCCAUAUGGUGRUUCGGGYAUUUGCCCCAGUAUUAGGUGUGACACCAACUUGAACCUAUAUUGCCCCCCUAAUCUGCAGGUUCGAGGGGAUGGUGGGGAGGUUGUGGCCUGCAAGAGUGCAUGCACGGCGUUUCAGACGCCAGAAUAUUGUUGCACCGGGCCGUUUCAAAAUGCAAACCGAUGCAAGCCAACAAGGUACUCACAGUACUUCAAACGGGCUUGUCCGACUGCGUAUACGUAUGCUUAUGACGACCCAGCAAGUACUUAUACGUGCCGAGAAACCAAUUACUUGAUCGUAUUUUGUUAAUUUCGUUACAGACACCUAUUGUCUCUAAUUUACUUGAUCGUGUUUUGUUAAUUUCCUUAAAAACACCUAUGUCUCGC